AUGGCUUUGGUUCUUCAAGCAAAUCGUGCUACAAGCAGCAAUAGCAGCACGGUUCCAAUGGAUUCGUACAAGCAGCUGCAUCAGUCAACAAAUCAAGAAGAUAGUUUUCAUCGAAAAAUAUGCGAUAAAAUUGAAGAAGGAAAACGUGAUAGAGAUCCUCAAAAAUGUCAACAAAUUCUUGAUGAUUUAAUGAAAAUGCUUAAACAUCUUACAGCUGAUGUUAAUAAUUAUAAUUUAGCAUUUCGUGAAACGCGACCACCAUUUUAUAUGCAAGAAUUUCAACGUUUAACUGAUCGUAUCGAAACAUUAACAAAAGCACGCGAUACAUUAACUGAAUAUCUUCAUGAACUUGAAGGUCAAAAUACUGAAAAAGCAUUUCCAUGUUCAUCAUCAUCUAAUGAUGUUUCUUCAACGAAUAAUCAAUUUCAACAACAAUUACAAUAUUCUCCAACUAUAUCUCAAUCAAAUCGUUCAUCACCACCGGAGAGAACUCAUCAGCCACAUACAUCGUCAACAUCAUCAAUACAUUCAGAUUCUCCACAACGACCACGUAGUCCAAGUAUGACACCAAAUAAUUUUAUUCGUGUUCAUUUUCCAAAUAAACACACAACUGCUCUUGCUCCAAGGAGUGAUGAAACACUUGAAGUAGCACUUGAAUUACGUGCUUCAAGACAUUCAGUAACUAAUUUACGAGCUUAUACACCUGUUUAUAUGAUUUCAAGACAACCAUGUCCAUGGGAUAUUACUCUUGAUCGUUUACGUGAAACAGAAAUUGAACUUGAAGAAAAUCCUAAACUUGAUCAUUCAUUUGAAACUAUUCCAACACCACGUUUUCCUGUAUUUACUAAUAUUCGUUGUAUUGUUUGUCAUCAUCGUAUUCGUGAAGCUUAUAAACGUUGUGUUUCAUGUGGAAAUAAUUAUCAUAAUGGUUGUCAUUCAAAAGCACCUGUUUGUUCUCAUCCUAUUCUUCAACACAUUAAGCAGCUUGGUCCGGAUCGUUUUAAUCUGGAUCGAACAAAUACUCAAUCACGAAACAAAGAACAAUCACGCAGUUUACCUCGAAUUCCAUCAUCAAGACCAAGUAUAAAUACAACUCAAGGAGUUGGUCCACAAAAGGACAUCAGUCAAGAUUCGCAUGGUAGUCCACUGCCAACAACAGCAAAUGUUGGUUACUUUUCGAAUGCUAUACAAUCGACGAUGAAUAUAUCAUCGAAUUCACUCUUCCAACCACCAUCAACAGUCAUAUCAUCAUCAUUGCCAUCAGCAACAUCACCUAUUCAUCACAUUCCUCAGUUAUUACUGACUAUUAAUGGUUCAGCUUUGGCAAGUCCAGAAAGUCUUCGACCCAGUAUGACUAAACCUAAUAGUAACGGUGUUAUUGAUACGAAAAAGCCUCAACAUAAAUAUGUCAGUGAAUGGGAAAUUCGACCAGAAGAUUUGCUCAAUCAUGGAAGAAUGGUAGGCAGAGGCACUUAUGGUACUGUAUAUAAAGCGGAGUUGAGAUUACAUGGCCAGGUUGCAUUGAAAGAAUUAAAUUUCGUUUCACCAACACCAACUCAAUAUCAAGCAUUUCGCAAUGAAGUUGUUGCGUUAAAAAAAAUUACUCAUCAAAAUACAUUAAAUUUUUAUGGAUACAUGUUUUCACCUCGUUUUGCUAUUGUAACACAAUGGUGUGAAGGUUCAACACUGUAUAAACAUAUUCAUAUACUUGAUCGUCAUUGGAAAAUUAAUCAAUUAAUUGAUAUUGCACGACAAAUAUGUCAGGGAAUGUCAUAUUUACAUGAUCGAGAAAUAAUACAUCGUGAUCUUAAAUCAAGUAAUGUCUUUUUGGAUAUGUGUGCUGAAACUGAUGAUGUUGGAAUUAGUUGGCGCGUGAAAAUAGGUGAUUUUGGUUUAGCUGCUGUUAAAACUGUUCCAGCCGAAGGUAUAAAUCAACAAUGUCAACCAACUGGUUCAGUUCUUUGGAUGGCACCCGAAGUCAUUCAACAAAAAGAUCCAAACUGUUAUUCAACUAGUUCUGAUGUAUAUGCAUAUGGUUGUGUACUUUUUGAAAUGUUUAGUGGCAAAUUACCUCAUGCACCAAUCAGUAACAAAGAACAGAUUAUGUGGCUCGUUGGAAAAGGACGGCUAAAAUUAAAAGUCGAACAAUGUCGUCAUGACACACCUGAAGCCAUAGUUGAAUUAAUUCGUCAAUGCACAGAAUUUCAUCGUGAACAACGACCAAAUUUUUCACCUGAGAUUGAUGAUACAUUAUCAAAAUUUGAAUUUAUAUUUCCACGUUUACAACGUUCACAAUCAGAACCAUGUUUAAUUCGAAAUCCUCAAGAUGAUUUACUUGGUUUGUCCAUGAAUUUUGGUGUACCAAAAACUCCUUUAUCCAAUCAUCGACGUUUUAAUGCUGAAGUGACAUAA